AAGGCAUCAGUCUAGAAGGUGGAAGUAAAACUAUAAUAAAUUCUAUUGAAAUCUUUGAACAAUAUAAAAGUAUUUUUAGAGAUUGUUUUUUUAUAAAUAAUAUUUAAUGUUUUUUUUAUCAGAUAUCUUUUCUUUGUCUCAGUGUUUCCAGGCUUGUUGUGAUGGAGCUACAGUUCACAUCCUGAAAACAUCAGACGUCUGUUCCUGCUGCUAGCCUCACACAUCGCUGGGACUGAAAUGGGCUUCACAGAUUUACUGAAUGAAGUGGGUGGCUUUGGGAGGUACCAGUGGCUCCAUGUGACCCUGAUCAGUUUUCCUGGUUUGCUGAUGGCGAGUCAAAACCUGCUGAACAACUUUGUCUCUGGAGUCCCCUCCCACCACUGCCGUCUCCCAGCCAAUCAGAGCAUUUACAACCUGUCACUCAUCUACAAG